GACUGGAAGAAGAGGUCAUGGCCAUGGAGGAGGCGACGGCGACGGCGUUUGGCUUCCCGGCGGAGGUGCGGCCGGGGGGCACGCGGGUGGGCUGGAUCGGCAUCGGCGUCAUGGGCGGCGCCAUGGCCGCGCGCCUCCUGGCCGCCGGGUUCGCGGUGACCGCCUACGCGCGCACGCCGGCCAAGGCGGGGGCCCUGGUCGCCGCCGGAGCGCGCCUCGCGGACUCGCCGGCCUCCGUGGCCGCGGCCUCCGACGUGGUCUUCACCAUGGUCGGCAACCCCGGGGACGUCCGCUCCGUGGUCCUGGACGCAGCCUCGGGCGCCCUCGCGGGCCUCCGCCCCGGCGGCGUCCUCGUGGACUGCACGAGCUCGUCCCCCUCCCUCGCGCGCGAGGUCGCCGCGGCCGCGCGCGCCGCCGGCUGCCACGCCGUCGACUGCCCCGUCUCCGGCGGCGACGUCGGCGCGCGCGACGGCACGCUCGCCCUCCUCGCCGGCGGGGACGAGGCCGUGGUGGCCUGGCUCGCCCCGCUCUUCGCGCACCUCGGCCGGCCGACCUACAUGGGCCCACCCGGCAGCGGGCAGAGCAGCAAGAUCGCGAACCAGAUCGCGGUGGCCGGCGCCGUGGUCGGCCUCGGCGAGUCCCUGGCCUUCGCCGGAGCCGCCGGGCUCGACGAGCGGCUGUUCCUCGGCGCGGUGUCCAAGGGCGCCGCGGGGUCGCGCGUGAUGGACAUCUUCGGGGAGCGCGCGCUGAGCCGCGACUUCUCGUCCGGGGGAUCCGUGCGGUACAUCAUCAAGGACCUCGGCAUGGCGCUGGAGGUCGGCGACGGCCAGGAGGAGGAGGAGGUCAACGUGCUGCCAGGGUCGGCGCUGUACCGGCAGAUGUUCUCGGCCAUGGCGGCCAACGGCGACGGCGAGCUGUGCCUGCAGGGACUGAUCACCGUCGUCGAGCGCCUGAACGGCAUAAUGCGCAAGUAAGGCAAGACCGCAAGGCAGGUGUUCGUCAAAAUGCGGCAGCCGGAUAUGAAUCUCAUGGUCAUGUACUAUUAUUAGUUCAGACAAAAUUCGAUCUCUAUGGCAUGUUUUUAAGCAACAAUUCGUUAACCUUAUCAUGGAUGAUAAUGUUAUCGUGCUUUUCUCGCUGAUUUGUGGAUGUUAUUUUUGCUGCUUCCUUCUUGAUGUAACAUUAGUGGUUCAGUUAUUUUUGCCAAGUGUGGUAUUCAGAUGAUAUGGUAGUAGUAAUCUGAGAGCCAAGGAGCAAUUUGCAAAGGCUGCAAAAUUCCAAGGGCCUCUUGCUCAAUUCCAGGUGUCUGUCAGGUAUUUGCACCGUGCAAGAUAGCAUAUCUACUCUGGAGCCUCCUCUGUGCAGUGCACUGCUUCAGUCUCCUUAUCUCUUUCACUCCCAGAAACCUUCAGCAGCAACAAUGGCAGCGCCGGGCUCCCUAGGACUUCUCCAGGCGCCGUCCUUCUCCGCGGCCAAGUGCCGUCCGGUGGCGGCGAGCCGGGGAGCGGCACGAGCCGUGUUCGCCGUCCGCGCUUCGGCGGCUUCUGCGGCCACCAAGGACGCCGUCCUCAUGCCCUUCCGUGAGAACAGGGCUCUCAAGAUCAUUUCGGGGCUUCAGAACUUCGACAGGUCCAAUGUUGCGUCUGUCGUCACGGCUGCGGAUAAGGGAGGUGCUACCCAUGUUGAUAUAGCAUGUGACCAGGACUUGGUAAAGCUGGCGCUUGAGCUUACUAACCUCCCGAUAUGUGUAUCGUCUGUGGAUCCUUCAGCAUUCCAAUCUGCGGUAGAAGCUGGUGCUCAAAUGAUUGAGAUUGGAAACUACGACUCCUUUUACGAUGCAGGCAUUGAAUUCUCAUCUGAGCAAAUACUGAACCUGACAAGGGAGACAAGGAAGAUACUUCCAGACAUCACAUUGUCAGUAACAGUUCCCCACACUCUGAGCCUUCCGGAUCAGAUGAGACUUGCAGAGCUACUUGAAGAGGAAGGCGCUGAUAUCAUCCAGACUGAAGGCGGGAAGUGUUCUAGUCCAACAAAGCCUGGUGUUCUUGGACUAAUAGAAAAGGCAACACCAACAUUGGCAGCUGCAUACUCCAUCUCUAGGGCCGUCAGCAUACCGGUGAUGUGCGCAUCGGGGCUAAGUUCAGUGACUGCACCAAUGGCAGUAACCGCAGGAGCUGCUGGCGUGGGAGUUGGCUCUGCGAUUAACAAGCUCAAUGAUGUCGUGGCAAUGAUUGCCGAGGUGAGGAGCAUUGCGGAGGCUCUGGGGACGAAGGCUUCGAGGAAUGUGUCCGAGGACCCGAGAAGAGUUCACAAUUAGUAUUACUAUUCUAGGUCGACACGGCUUUUCUCUGGACAAACUCGAGAAUUCAGUAAGGAAUCAGGAGAUGCAGUUCCAACAGUUUAGCAUUUCUCCUGUCUGCUAGCCUUUGUGCAGAUCUAGAGAAGAUUGCCUGAAAGAGCUAAGAUAACUAAAUCGGUUUACGCCUUCCUCUUUAUUUAUUUAUCAUAUUAUAUCUAUAGAAUUGGAAGAUAUUCUUGCUGGUGAUAUGACCAGACAGUGAUAAAGCUACUUUGAAUAUCAA